AUGUCUGAGCCCAUCCGCAAUAAGCGCGCCGACCAGGCCAUCGCGCCUACGCCGCAGAACACCCCGGCCAACGCCGCCCCCAUCUCUUCGCGCGCCCAGCAGCCUGGCGUCGCGAGCAUCAAGGAAGAGGAUUUCGACCGCGCCACGGCCGCGUCCAUCUUCGCCCAGAACCCCCAGCUCGUGUCCAUGAUCCAGGGCAAGCUUGGCUCGCUCGUCGGCCGUUCGUCCGGCUACAUUGAGUCCCUUCCCACCGAUGUCCGUAAGCGUGUCGCCGGCCUGAAGGGCGUCCAGAAAGAGCACUCCAAGCUCGAGGCCGAGUUCCAAGAAGAGGUCCUGCAGCUGGAGAAGAAGUACUUCGCCAAAUUCACUCCGCUGUACCAGAAGCGUGCCAAGAUCGUCAAUGGCCAGGAGGAGCCCAGUGAGGAGGAGGUCAAGGCCGGCGAGAUCCACGAUGAGGAGGACGAGGAGGCUGAGAAGCCCGCCGAGGAGGAGAAGCCCGCCGAGCCCACCGAACCCGUCAAGGGUAUCCCCGAGUUCUGGCUGUCCGCCAUGAAGAACCAGGUUUCCCUUGCCGAGAUGAUCACCGACCGCGAUGAGGUUGCUCUGAAGUCCCUGACCGAUAUCCGCAUGGAGUACCUCGACAAGCCCGGUUUCCGCCUCAUCUUCGAGUUCAACGAGAACGAGUUCUUCAGCAACAAGACCAUCACCAAGACCUACUACUACCAGGAGGAGAACGGCUACGAGGGUGACUUCAUCUACGACCAUGCCGAGGGCGACAAGAUCGACUGGCUGCCCGGCAAGGACCUGACCGUCCGCGUUGAGAGCAAGAAGCAGAGGAACAAGAACACCAAGCAGACCCGCGUUGUCAAGAAGACGGUGCCCACUGAGUCGUUCUUCAACUUCUUCUCCCCGCCCAAGGCACCCUCCGACGAGGAUGACGACAUCUCCUCGGACAUCGAGGAGCGCCUCGAGCUUGACUACCAGCUGGGCGAGGACAUCAAGGAGAAGCUCAUCCCCCGCGCCAUCGACUGGUUCACCGGCGAGGCCCUCCAGUUCGAGCAGAUCGACGACUACGACGAGGGCGAGUUCGAGGACGAGGACGAUGAGGAGGAGGACGACCUCAGCGACGACAGGGACGAGGAUGAUGAGUCGGACGAGGAGGCUGACGGCUCGAAGCCGAAGCAGGAGGCGGCGGAGUGCAAGCAGAGCUAG